AUGGACUUAUGUCUUUCAGGUAAAGAGCUCGAGGAUGGUCUCACUCUAGCGGAUCAAAACAUCCGACAUUUGUCGACACUUCAUCUUGUGCAGAGGGGAAUACAAAUCUUUGUAAGAUCCCUGACUGGAAAGACUAACAUACUGGAGGUAGAACCCUCUGACACUGUCGAGAAUCUGAAGGCUAAGAUACAGGACAAGGAAGGAUUCCCACCAGAUCAGCAGCGACUCAUCUUCGCUGGGAAAAAACUUGAGGACGGUCAUACACUCUCGGAAUACAACAUCCAGAUGGGAUCGAUGAUUCAUUUAGUGGUAGCUCCUCACAAAGAAUAA